AUGUCUUUGGAGUGUGAUAAAGCUUAUGGGCCGCCCAACAGCCAAAAGACACUUGCAACAAUUGCAGACAGCAUUGAUCAUGUGUUCCCCGUGGUGGGUGGAUUUCAUGCUUUGCAAGGAGUUAUUGAUUCAAUCCUAAAGAAGUCCUGCAUUGAGAUCCUAGCUGCUGAGCCGUCCAGCGUCUGUGCAGGAGAGUCCUUCCAGGUGGUGGUACGAGGAAACGGUUUCUACCAUGCCCGAAAUAUUGACCAAGUGCUCUGCAGCUUUAAACUCAAUGACAGUAUUACUAUAAAUGAAAAACCUACAGACAUACAAGAUACAUAUCUACUCUGUCCUGCCCCAGUUAUCGAGGAAGUUGGACAGGUGGUAUACCUGCAGGUCAGCAUGAACAUGGGUCUCACCUUCAUCUCCAGCUCUGUGAGCAUCACCAGCACCCAUUGUAACACAGGGAUAAUCCUAUUUAUUGUCUUGCUGAUCCUAUUCAUUCUACUCCUUCUGGCUCUGCUCUGGUGGUUUUGGCCACUUUGCUGCACUGUGGUUAUUAAAGAGCCCCCACCCCCUCCUCCUCCAGAACCAGAAUCUGAUGAUGAAGAUGGAUUGCCUAAGAAGAAGUGGCCAACUGUGGAUGCCUCUUAUUAUGGAGGAAGAGGAGUAGGGGGCAUUAAAAGGAUGGAGGUGAGAUGGGGUGGCAAAGGCUCCACUGAAGAGGGCGCCAAGCUAGAGAAACCCAAAAAUGCCGUUAUUAAACUUCCAGAACAAGAAUAUGAACCCUGGGAACCAAAACCAAAAAAAUCCUCGGCACGCCGUGGCCCACAAGAAAGAAAGUGGUACAGUCCGAUCAAGGGUAAAUUGGAUGCAAUCUGGGCCCUACUAAGAAGAGGCUAUGACCAAGUGUCACUAAUGAGACCUCAGACAGGCGAUAAGGGGCGCUGCAUUAAUUUCACCAGGGUUAAGGCUGAUGGAUCUCAAACUAUCUAUAAACCACCACCUAAAGCUGCACCACCGGUUAACACUCCACCACCAAGCACUCCUCCAAGUCAACCUGCAAGCAAUCUACCCAGCCAACCACCAAAGCAGCCUCCUCCGCAACGGCAGCCUCCUCCAGGUCCUCCACCAUCUCGAAUGCCUCCAGGACCACCCCCAGCACGCCCACCUCCUCAGCCCAUGCUUUGA